AUGCGCAGCUAUCAAGUGACUUUGAUUUUUGGCAUGGCCCUUCUAUGGGCGGUGGUUAGUGGCACCACCCAACCGCCGAGCACCAGGCGCCCGCCGCUCACCACCGCUCGUCCCACCAGCAGGAGCUGCCCGCUCUUCCCGGCGGUCUGCUCGAGGACCAGCCCCAGGGUCUGCGGAAGGACCGCGGGGGAGUGCCAGCGGUUCGAGAACAUCUGCCACCUGAUGCUGGCCAAUGUCCUUCGGCUGCCCGAGGGAGUGCGGCACACCCGCGACAUUGACUGCCGCACCGUGCGGGGAGACGGCCCCGCCCACCGCCGCCCCUGCUACGAGCCCUGCCCUCCGCGUCCCGUCGUCUGCAAGCGGUCGCAGCCCAGCCAGCACAUCUGCGUGCGGAGCAGGAACAACAGGCAGUGCAAGGUCCUGGCCAACAAGUGCCAGCUGCGCAACCAGAAUUGCCACAGCCAACCCAAGAACAACUGGCUCCGCACCGACAAGAGGCGCUGUGGCCAGCUGCAGCUGGGCGACAAGCCCCAGGAUUGCCUCAAGGUGCCGACAAAAAUUUGA